AAGUCCCUCACUUCCUCCCCUGUAUUUCCUCUGCAGUCUGCAACGGUAACCUCUGCUCUCACACACUCCCGUUUCCUAUAUAACCCUGCCCCUUUCGCAUUUCUUGCCUACACUUCAGCUUCUCUUCCUCUUUCCGUCUACGCCUCCAUCUCUCUUUCUCAUCUUUCUCGUAUCAUCUCAUCUUCAAUCGUUUCUUUGUUAAUUUCUCGUUCUUAUCUUAUCUUAUCUUCAGAAAUUCGAAAUUUGAUUAAGCUAAUUUCGUGAGGCUUAAUACGUUUUGCUCGGUCUCUGCCUAUAUAUAUAUAUAUAUAUAUAUAUAUAUAUCCCUCCCUCUGUAGCUUCCAAGUCUCACUUAGUUUUUGGUUUACUUCUUUCGCAUAGCCAUGGAGUUUCAGAGGCGACUCUGUUUCCUUUUUAUCUUCCUCGCUGGCUUUCUCUGUUCGUUGGAAGCUAUUCAGUUCAACGUUGGGGGAUCUCAUGGUUGGGCCGUGAACCCAAAUCUGAACUACAAUCGCUGGGCGGAGAAGAACAGGUUUCUUGUCAAUGACACUAUCUAUUUUAAGUAUGAGAAGGGUGCGGACUCUGUUUUAGUUGUCAAGGGAGAUGAUUACGUCAAGUGUAACACGCAGAAUCCGAUCAAGAAGAUGGAAGAUGGUAAUUCUGUGUUCGUGCUCAACAGAUCGGGCGCUUUCUUCUUCAUCAGCGGAAAAAAUGGUAGCUGCGAGAACGGCCAGAAGCUAAUUGUGUUGGUUUUGGCCGUCAGGAAAUAUCAGCUUCCUCCAUCCCCCAAACAAUCUCCACCCGCCGGUGCUCCGGCGCCGGUGACCCACGCGCCGGCGGUCCCCGUGUCUCCUUCUCCUGUUGAGGCACCCACUUCGCCGGCGCCGGCAGGGAACACUCCCGCUGCCUCUCCCACACCACUAGCACCAGCAUACGCUCCGACGACCCCAUCUCCGGCGGGUAAUGUUCCAGUUUCAUCUCCCACGCAACAUUCUCCUGUUCCGGCGAUGCCGACUCCUGUCGUCUCCCCUGCACCAGCCUACGCUCCGAAGGCACCAGCAUACGCUCCGGCGACCCCAUCUCCGGCGGGUAAUGUUCCAGCUUCAUCUCCCACGCCGGCCGGCUCUCAACCGGCUCCUGUUCCGGUGAUGCCGACUCCUGUCGUCUCCCCUGCACCAGCCUACGCUCCGAAGUCUCCAGCUCCGGCGGCUACACCUGCACAGUCUCCGACGCCGGCCUUCACUCCCACGACGCCGUCUCCCUCUCCAUCUACAGCUGUCCCUCCCUCACUCUCUCCAUACCCGGCAUCACCAUCUCCGUCGGCGACUUCCCACGCACCGGAAACUGCACCAACCCUUUCGCCUCCCGCGUUGGCACCCACCAGUCCCACCUCAUCGGCGUCGACGCCAGGGAGCUCCCCUCAGUCCGGCGGGAGCUCGGCGAAUGUUGUGGCGCCUUCUCCGAAUUCUUCACGCGCAUUCGUGUUCAUCCCCGGCGUUUUAGUGUCAUCGGUGACCCUGAUUCUGAGUAUCGCCAUGGUCAACUUCAUUUGAACAACAGUUUAGAUUUGUUCAUUUCGUUGGAUUCUUUCAUAUGAUUUUAUUAGUUUAUUAUACAUAGCUUUGUUCAGUCUUUUUUAUUUUUUUAAAAAAAUUUCCUGCUUCUCAGACUUGAUCGAUCAUAUAUGUAUGAUUAUUAAUUUUGAUUUUUAAUGGGCAUGUUCUUAUUAUUUUUUAUUUAA